AUCUAGCCAUCCUCCUCUCGUCGCAAACCGGAUCGAACGAACUUCGUUCCCUAUACGAUGUUCGGCUCUCGCGGCUCGAUGGCCAUGACGGCAGCAGGCAUCUUCCACCAUACCCCUCAUCGACUCGCACUACCCGCUGCAGCUCGUCAAUCCCUCGUCUCUUCGUCCCGACCGAUCUCCAAGGCAUCGACCUCGCCUCUCCUGGCCCUCCGAUCGAGAUUCAGCACGUCCACUGACCGGCCUCGACCCCUGUUCGCGGGCAACCCGUUGCUCUCCUCGUCUUCCCGUUCUCUGCGUCAACCAUUCUUCACCCCUCACAACCACCACCAACACCUCUUGCGUCAAACCCGGUCUCUCUCGCUACCCACCUUUCCGCGUUUCAUCCCCGAGAACUACAAAUGGACGGGCUUUUUUGUCCGAUUUAUCGUAUCCACCUUUUUCGGAGUCAUCGCUAUCGGCGGGAUCAUCCUCUUGCACGACUCGUUGACUUAUAGCGAACGACACGUCGAUCGGGUCCCUGCUCACGGAUUGGCUCUGAACCCUCGGGUUGGGGGGCCCAAGAACUUGCCUAUUAUCGAGAGGGACCUGGCGGAUCAGGAGGACGAGUUUACGGCUGCGCUUGUGGAUAAGCCUCAUCUCGUCAUCGUCGGUGGAGGAUGGGGUGCCGUCGGCGUGCUCAAGGAUCUCCCUGUAGGACAAUACAACGUAACCCUGAUCUCGCCCGACAACUUCAACCUCUUCACCCCGUUGUUACCUUCUGCGUGCGUAGGGACGGUCGAACCCCGAACCCUGGUCGAACCUCUCCGAAAGAUCAUCGCCCGUGUUCGUGGACAUUACAUGACCGGUUGGGCCGUGGAUGUGGACAUGAGCGAACGGUUGCUCGAGGUCGAGGUCUUCAAGGACAAUGAUGGCGGGAAGAUGAGGUGUUAUGUGCCUUAUGACAAGCUGAUCAUCGCCGUCGGCUCGUCCACCAACACGCACGGUGUCCCCGGUCUCGAACACUGUUUCCAACUCAAGACUAUCCCUGAUGCUCAAGCUAUCCGUCGUCGAAUUAUGACCAACCUCGAACUCGCUUCUCUGCCUACCACUACCCCGGUCGAGAGGAAGAAACUCUUGUCGUUCGUCGUCUGUGGAGGAGGUCCUACCGGUGUCGAGUUCGCUGCCGAAUUGGCGGAUAUGAUGUCCGAGGACGUCUUGUCCUACUUCCCCAAGUUGUUGAGGAGCGAGAUGAGCGUCAAGGUCAUCCAGAGCCGAGAUCACAUUCUGAACACGUAUUCCGAGAAGAUUUCCGAGUUUGCCGAGAAACGUUUCGAGAGGCAGGAUAUCGAGGUCGUCAAGAACGCUCGUGUCAAGGAAGUCUUCCCGGACAAAGUCAUCGUCACGCUCAAAGAUCCCAAGGACAAGGACUCUAAGCCUGUCGAGAGGGAGAUUCCUGCUGGAUUCGUCCUUUGGAGUACCGGUAUCGCUAUGAACCCUUUCGUGCGGACCUUGGUCAACAAAUUGCCUAACCAGUCUCACAAGAAGGCCAUCGUUGUGGACGAGCACUUGCGUGUCAAGGGUUCUCCCCUGGGAACCGUCUACUGUAUCGGAGAUGCUGCUACGGUCGAAACCAACCUCGUUGAUCAUCUCGUCGAGCUCUUUGACAACUUUGACAGCGACAAGGACAGCAAAUUGAGCUACCAGGAGUGGGAAAAAAUGGCCAAGACGAUCAAGAAGAAUUAUCCCCUUGCCGGCGCUCAAUUUACGAAAGUAAAGGAAAUUUUCCAGGCUUACGACACGGACAAGGACAACGUCAUUACGUUGAACGAGUGUGCUCAAGCCUUCUACGAGAUUGGUCGCAAGGUUACCUCGUUGCCAGCCACCGCACAAGUUGCCGCUCAGCAGGGAACAUAUCUCGGGAAAAAGUUCAGCUCGCUUUCAAAGCACCUCAAGGCCUUGGAGGCCAACGAGAUGCCUGACCAGCCCGAUGAGGCUUAUGCCAAACCUUUCUCUUACAACCAUUUGGGAUCUCUGGCCUAUGUUGGAAACUCGGCCGUCUUUGACUUUGGCGGUUACUCGUUUGCUGGUGGCUUGGUUGCGAUGUACGCCUGGAGAUCUGUCUACUGGUCGGAGCAAUCCUCUGUUCGAACCAAGGUCUUGCUAAUGAUCGACUGGAUCAAGCGAGGUAUCUUCGGUCGGGAUCUCUCCAAGUUCUGAUUCCUCGAUGAUGAGAGUGAGCGAGCGCAGUAUUGCGUCAAAACUGUAUACAAACGAGCCUUCUGGGCAUUGUAUAGGAAAUACAUAUAGAUAGAACCAGU